AUGAGGUUGAGACUCGUUACACUCCUCCUGUCAGUCGUCCUGGCCUUCGCACGCCCUGACGACACCCUCUCCACCUGGCCAACGAUCGCUGCCACCAACAGCAACAACAGUGAGUGCAGCAACCCUCGCCCCAACGACUGCUCAUUCUACGCCCAAUGUCUCCAAACCCGCUACAACUGUACCCCAAGUGAAUAUCCACUUGGUUACGGGCAAAAAUUCUGUGAAAAAUUCCAGGCCGAUGCUUCUCUACUAUCGGCUGAAGGUCAGACGUGGAUGGAGGCGGUCAUGCUAUGUUUGCAACGGGACCUGGUACCAUACGCUCUCGGCGGGCCGCAGGCAUUUGCCAAUUGUUCGGCGCUGAGUGAUUUUGCGUUUAGUACGCAUCCGACGUGUUAUGUACAGAGUGGGUUGUGCACACUGCCCGUACACGAUUGGGAGGCUAUUGUUUUUCAAAUCGUUGGUGUGGAAAGCUUGUUUGAUAGCUGGAAUGCUAUCAAAGCCACUGUGGAAGCCGCGAGCGGCUGUGCUGAGUUUUAUUUGUGGGCAAUUGAGCAUGCUAUUUUCUGA